CACUUGCAACCGAACACGCGCGAAACGUGAGCUCCAGCGCACUUAGAAUUCAACAAAACACACACUUAAUGUUAGUUCCUGAUUACACCUCAUAAUGAACAGAAAGAGGAAAUAUAAACUCGAUCGGUAUGCAAAAUUACUUUUAAUUAAUGACUAAUCAGCACCAGUGCCGAAACUUGGUUCAAACACAGUCGAUUUUUAGCCGCCCUGGAAAACGAUCCCGCUCGUUUGAAGACAUUAUAGGCGCGUGUUUCUAUAUACCUCUUCACAUUAAUAGCCCGGCCAAAAGCGCGAUAGAGAUAGUUUUAGAUACAGCGGCAGAUACCAUCUCUUACAAUAAUUGGAAACUGCAAGUGAUAUUUUAAACUUUUAUCACUGCGCAUCGCACUGGAAUAAGUACAUGUAUAAAUAAUUCUUAAGCGUCCGAAGUUUUCUUUUGUUUUAUUCUUGAUUAUCUUGUGAUCAAAUGUGAAUGAAUUUUUGAAAUUGCAAGGAAUUAUAUUUGAAUGAAGUUAUUGAUUAAUAGAAAGUUGUAACAUCCAAGUUGUUAAAAUUCUUGGAAGUGAAAAAUAAUAUUUCCGAAAUGUUUGUGAAGAUUUUUAAAAAUUUCUUGAUAUUACUUUUAACUGGGGUUAGAAUAUCAAAAAGUGGAAUUAUUCAUGAUCACGAUCAUAAUUUGGGAAAUCGGACCUCAGAAAUAAGUUUACAAUCUGGAAAGAAUUCUUUGUCUCUAUACGGCAUUAUGGUUAAUAGUCGUUGGACCAGACCGGUUCCGGAAACUUUUGUUCCGCCCCGACCCGAAUUGGUGCUCGAUGCCUAUCCUGCCCGGAUCCACGAGAAUUCCCCUCCAAACACUCUUGUUCUUACAAUAACAGCAUAUGACAAUGCUACGGGCAAACCAUUGGAGAAACUCGCCAUGGAAGACAAUGAAUUUACCAGAUAUUUCAAAAUUACACCAACUGGGACCCUCAAAUGGUACUUGUCAACCCAAAAGAUCAUGGACAAACCGGAAAACUUCACGUUUGAAUUCCGAGUUUUAGGAUCCUACGGAGGGGUAGUGAGAGAUACUGAGGUGAAAAUAAUCGUUUCGUCAGAAAAUCUCUACGCGCCAUACUUCUCCAAGAGACUUUACAAGUUCGUGGCACUUAGAGAUUCCCUGGACCAUGACCUCAACACACUUGGAGCUGUUUCUGCAACAGACAGGGACCUCCGGGGCUACAACGCCAUCUUCCGGUACUUCAUAUUUGAACCGGAAGCAUCCAAGUAUUUCAAAAUCGAUCCGGAAAAUGGACAGAUAGGAAUCAUAUCUAAUUUUCCUGAUAAUAUGACUUCCGUUGCUUUCAAUGUUACGGCCAUCGACUCUGGAUCGCCGAUAAAGUCCUCGAGUUCCCAGGUGUACGUGGAAAUCACUGACUUAGCACCCCCGGAAAUAUUUUGCGUGUCCGUGGAAGGUACCACAGCUAGGAUAUGCUGGAAGGACAACACCAACGGGUCAGUGGUUGACCAUUACCAGCUUCAGUUCGCCAUUAACGGUCAGAACGUGACCAGCCAUCCCGUGGGGAUUGUGGGUAAGAGAGAUGAGGUGUGUACCCAGGUCAGGGCCGGGAAACUGGAGGCCGGGAACCGUCUGAAGUUUACCAUCAAGGUCUUCAACAAAACGCACUGGAGUCCAGAAAGCGUGGAACGAUUCGUCAACAUUACCAAGAACGGGCUAUAUGGAGAUUGUCCAAAGUUUAGCAACUGCAGUGUAUUUCAGCCUUGUCAAAACAAUGGAGUUUGUUUGACCGAAUCCGAUCUUUCAUAUAAAUGUGACUGUGCAGAUGGUUGGGCUGGGCGUAACUGCACGGAAGUAGACAAAUGCAACACGAACCCGUGUUUAAAUAACGCUAAAUGUGAAUUUGUAUCCAGUAACAAUUUUCGAUGUGAUUGUCCCUCUGAUUAUUAUGGAAAUCUGUGUCAGUUUCAUGAUAAGUGUGUUUCUAACCCGUGUUUGAACAAUGGAACUUGCUUUAAACAACCAAAUGGAAGUUUUCAAUGUCAAUGUUCAAAACACUUUACCGGAAGUUUGUGUGAAACGGAAGUUCUUUGCUCGCCCAAUCCUUGUGAAAAUGGCGGAACGUGCUCUUCCGCUGCCGGAAAGUUUUCUUGUAGUUGCCCGGAUGAGUACAUGGGCACAGCGUGCAAUAUUCUUAACAUCUGCAAAUCCAAAGACCCUUGUGAAAAUGGGGUUUGUAGUAUUUUUUCUGAUGGUACUUAUAAAUGUUCGUGUAAUGAAGGUUUUACAGGUGUAAACUGCUCAGAGAAAGAUGCCUGUCAACAAAAUCUUUGUGAGAACAAUUCAACCUGUUUGAGAAAUGAAACAACAGCGUAUUGCUCGUGUUCGAUUGGUUAUUACGGGGAGGUCUGUCAACAUUUUGAUGAGUGUCAGAAUACUCCCUGCGAUAAUGGCGGAACUUGUAAAUCGCUUUCAAAUGGAAGCUUUGAGUGUUUGUGUGAAACGGGCUUCAGCGGAAAACUCUGUGAUGAAGCAGAUCCGUGUUUGUCUAAUCCAUGUUUGUAUGACGGAACCUGUCAGAAGGAGAAUUCUACGUUCUCAUGUGAUUGUGUCACUGAGAAGUAUGGUUCCAUUUGUGAGCACACAGAUGGAUGCAAGCUUAACUUGUGUCAAAAUAACGCCACGUGUAAGAACAUCUCCACCAAUGGUGCCAUCGAAUGCACAUGUAAAGAUGGCUUCUUUGGUACUCUGUGUGACAGAUUUAAUCCCUGUGACUCCAGUCCAUGUCAGAAUUCCGGAAUUUGUCAAAAUCUCACCAACAAUGGCUACGUCUGUCAUUGCCACAGCGGCUGGACUGGAAAUCAGUGCCAAUACAAAGACGUGUGCCUUGACAAUCCCUGUCAAAACCACGGGUCAUGUCAUCCACAAAAUGAUUCUUUUCACUGCGACUGCAAACCCGACUUUUACGGAGAACGAUGUACCAAAUACCGAUUUUGUACCGCUGGAAAGCUGUGUAGAAAUGGCGCCAACUGUGAUUUACUAGAUGUUGACGUUCGUCAGGUGAAGAUUAACGGUAGCUCAGCUAACGUCACCAACUGGUACAAUUGUAGGUGUCCUGACGGAUUUACAGGUAUUCACUGUGACCAAGUAGCCCGGGCGUGCGAGGGCGAUCCCUGUGGAUCUCAAGGUGUUUGUCAGGAGCAUGGUUCUGACCACGUCUGUUUCUGUCUGGAUGGAACAAAACGUCGGACAUGUGUUAAUGAAUUCUGCCCCAAAGAGGACACCGCAUUGGACCGCACUGGUCGUCAUCACUGGCCGCGGACACUGGCUGGAGUGGAAGUCUAUCUUCAGUGUCCACAUGGUACACGUAAUAACUCCCCUAAUGGUUUUGCCACCCGGAAGUGUGAGGCUGAUUCUCGAGGAAGAUACAGGUGGCUUCCUCCAAACACGAAUGAUUGUGUUAAGCUGUCUCCUGCGGAAGCUGAUGUCAAACUCCAUGACCUCAUUUCUUUUACAAAGGACGGUAAAUCGCUUACAUCAGAAAAGGUGGCCUCUGUCACCAAUGACCUUGAAAAUCUCGCCAUGUUCGCCAAUGAAAAUGAAGGUAUUGCAAAAGAGAUGACCACCGUGAUCAGUAAUAUCCUAGAGGCGAGAGAAUCAGUACUGAUAGAGAGCGACCACAAAAAUCACUCCAGCAAACGAUUGGUUGAAUUGCUGACGGAGUACGCAGACGCAAUGAACACAGAAAACACUUCCUCUAUCGCCACAGACAACAUUAACUUACUGGUUGUCAACAUCACUGACAAAGGGGAUCAGGAUUUUAUCUACAAACCCACACUGACUGAUAACAAAACAGAGGAUACGGGUGUCGUGCUGAAUGUACCAAAAGAAGUCAUGAAAACAUCAGCUAAAGCCAGCAUGAAGCUACAGAUCAUUACUUACCGAACCUCCGCUUUCUUCAUUCCGGAAAUCCCUACUCCAGAAGAAAUAGUUCUUAAGCAGAGAGUUUUGUCAGCGACCGUACAAGGAGUGAAGAUUAAGAAUCUCUCCAAUCCAAUCCACUACACUAUUCCAAACAUUGAGCCUGAUGCAAAUCAUACCUGCGUGUAUUGGGAACAAAACAGGUGGUCAACAUAUGGCGUCACGACGGUUUCCACUGCAGGAAAUGAAACUCAUUGCCACACAACUCAUCUCACUAGCUUUGCUGUCAUGCUGGACCCUACCCCUACCAGCAUGUUGUCUGACUCCCAUGAGAAGGCUUUGACAUACAUCUCAUACAUAGGCUGUGCUGUUUCCAUCUUUGGCCUGGCCUUCACUAUCGUAACCUACUCCAUGUUCAGAUCACUGAACAGGGAGAGAUCGGGGAAGAUCCUGCUCAAUAUGUGCGUCUCCAUGCUUCUUAUGAACGCCACCUUCAUUCUAAUGGCAGAGACAACUAGAUCUGACGGCAUGGUUCUCUGUACAAUAGCCGCCAUUUUGCUUCAUUACUUCCUGUUGACGUCACUGAUGUGGAUGUGCACAGAGGCUGUCAACAUGUACCAGGCUCUUAUUAAAGUCUUCACCACUUAUUCUUCUUACUUCAUCCUCAAAAGAUGUCUUGUUGCUUGGGGUCUUCCAUUGGUUGUGGUUGGUAUUACAAUGGGAAUUAAUAAACUUGACAAUUACCAAACCAAGACCAACUUCUGCUUCAUUUCGCAAGCCAACACCAUCGCCUUUUACGCUGCUCUGUUGGGCCCAGCCUGUGUCAUCCUCGUUAUUAAUACAGUCGUAUUCACGCUUGUUGCUAGGGUCAUCAUGAAACCGAGGUUCAGAGGAAGUAUUGGAAAGAAUGAAAAAGAAAAAGUGUCACCUGCGCAGGUGCGCGGUGCCUUUACUGUUAUGGUGUUGCUGGGAGUCACGUGGGUGUUCGGUCCAGUAGCAAUAAAUGAGUCCAAGAUAGUGUUCAACUAUUUAUUUACAAUUCUGAACUCCUUACAGGGAUUCCUUAUUUUUGUGUUCCGGUGCCUUCUUAAUACAGAAGCCCGAUCUGCAUGGGUACUUCUGAUCAAAACCGGGACAUUCAAGAGAAGGCGUGGUCCAAUCGUAUCGCAGCACGAUACGUGUUCCAAGGGAGGUAACGAAUCUCGAGGAAACUUGGCGGACAGCACGGUUCAUACUGGACGAACCACAAUCCACAACAGCAACGAGAACCUGAACGUUACAAAGAAUGGAGGGAAACAUGAGAAUGGCUUCCACUGGAAACACGGGAAGUCUGAGGGAAAACUUGGACAUCGCAGCCCAGGAUUGGGAAACGGAAAACGCCAUAGUGAUGAGUAUGAACUCAGAAAAGAAUUUGAUGACCUCACAAAGCUUUGAAUGUCAGUGAACUUUGAUGAACUUUUAUCAGGGUACUUUGCUCCCAGCAAAUAAUGUUCAGUACAGUAUUGGAGACUGCUUAACUGAUAUGCUUGAGCGAUCCACUCAUGACUUACUGUGGAGUCAGAUCCAAGUGCAUAUGUACUAAAAUUGUGAACCAGUUAUCAUGUCGGUCUUUGCUGUAUCCGCGCGGGGUUUUUCCUCCGGUGACUGCUGUGUACACAUCAUGAAUACACUAAAUAAAAUGAAGUAAAACAUUUCGAAAAAUUAAAUUUUUUGACCGUCUUUUAAGCAUUAUUAUUAACAUGCUUUCGAAAAUGUAUAUAUUUUUUUUAUCUUUAACACAAUAUUGCUGAAUCUUCUGAAGAAAAAACUUAUUUUGGGGAAAAAAAGAUUAGUACUCAGUAGUUUAGCACAUGUUAAACAUCUAGUAUGUAAGGCUGAUGUUCAUCUACCAGUAUUUGACAAUCAUUUCACGAAGUAUAUAAGUAUUAGCUUUAUUUGUUAAAUUUUGAACAGUGAAAUUUCAUGGGGAAAACUUCUCUUAACUUUUUUUUCAAUCUAGUAAAACAUGUUGAAAUUAAUAUACUAUUCUGAUUUUUUGCAUAAUACAGAAAACAGUCUACAAGCUACGUUAAAUGUACUUGUCCAGGUUUAAUAUAAUUCAUAUUACUGUGAGUUGUUUUGUAGUUUUACUUUGUUUUUGAGCAAAUUGUCUGUAAUGUGUUUGAUGCAUGCAAUAUUAGAGAAAAUAAUGUAUCAUAUCGCCAUUUAUUCGUCUCAUGUUGCAUUGUGUAGAAAAAGGCUUCCAUUCAAUUACCAAUAUAUGAAACUAUUAAAAUUUUAAGAUAUGUUAAUUAAAAUUAUGAACUACGUGUAUUAAUUUUCUAUUGUAAGUUAUUGAUUGACAUUUUUAUUUUGAAUAUCUUUUGUCAUUGUUAUAGCCUUUAAUAAUCCAUGAUUUGCCUCAAAAACUUCAAUCACCACAUUUGCAAGUGAGUGUUUGAGUGUGAAUUAUAUUAAAAAAAUAAUAUUUGAUUAAUUAUUUCAUAAUACAUAAUAUAUGCAAAACAUUUUACCAGGUUUUUCAUAAAGCUGUGUGAAACUGUCGAUUUCGCAUUAUCAUAUAUUUUUCUUUAAAAUUUGACUUUCAUGUUUUUUGUUAUAAAGCAAAAAAUAAGCAAUAGAUACAGUCUAGAAAGUAAUUGUGCGAGGAUUCGUUGAAAUAUGAUCACUGUUGAAUCUCCUUGUUAAUGCUACCCAAUAUUAUUUAUUAUAGUAAUUAUAUGAAAUUUGCGUUUUAAAUAUUAGUCAUGUAGCGUUAUUUCAUAUGUGUUCAAAUUUUUUU